AUGGAGCCUACACAAGAGAAACCAAAUGAGUCCGUUGGAGAUCUCAACAAGCCCUUUCGCUUUAAGGGAGUCCACUUCAAGAGGUGGAAAGGAAAGGUCUUUUUCUGCUUGAGUCUUCUCAAAGUCGCCUAUAUCCUCACUGACAAAAAUCCAUCAAAUGUUUCUACCGAUGAGAUGACUUUACAAAGCAAGUAUGAUAUCGAGGAGGUUGGUGCAAAGAAGUAUGCUGCUAGUAGAUUUUUCCAUUACCAAAUGAUGGAUGGAAAAUUGGUGGUGGAUCAAGCACAAGACUUCCAAAUGAUUGUGGCAGAAUUAAGAUUUGAAGGCAUAAAGAUUGGAGACAAUUUAGUGAGUGGGCAUAUUAUUCGAUUUUGCAAAUUUCGGAAACGUGAAUCUGUCUCGCAGGCUAAUGUAACCAAAGUGCUUGUAGUGGCUAUGAUUACAGACAUCAAUAUGGUGCAAUAUGUUGAAGGGUGGUGGGCAAAUUCUGGUGCUAAUAGACACAUCUACUAUGAUAAAAAUUGGUUCAAGUUGUACACUCCUUUUGAAGAAGAAAAACUGUUAUGCUUGGAUUAUGCCAAUAUCAUUGGUAAUUUGCGUUACGCUACUGAUUGUACUAGACCUGACAUUGCAUAUGCAGUAGGAGUGCUUAGCAGAUUUACUAGCAAGCCUCGUAAAGAUCAUUGGCUAGCUAUUGAGCGAGUCAUGAGAUAUUUAAUUGGUGCAAAAAACUAUGGCUUGUUUUAUAAAAAGUACCUUCCUGUUAUUGAAGUUUUUAGUGAUGUCGGUUGGAAUACUUUGUCAGCAUUAGCUUCAACUAGUGAAGAGGCAAAUUGGCUUAGAGAUAUGUUAUAUGAAAUUCCACUUUGGGAAAAGCCAAUUCCACCUAUAUUAAUUCAUUGUGAUAGCAUUGUCACGAUGGUUGUUGCAUCGUGGAAGCUUGAUGGAGAUUGCUGCUCAUGGGAUGGGAUAGAGUGUGGUAAGGACAGUGGUCAUGUCAUCGGCCUCGACCUCAGUAGUAGCUGUCUUUAUGGUUCUAUCAACACCAACAGCAGCCUCUUCAGCCUUGUUCAUCUCCAAAACCUUAAUAUGGCCGUUAAUGACUUCAACAAUUCAAAUAUCCCAGUCGGAUUGGCCAAUCUUUCCACGCUAAAACAUCUUAACCUCUCCAAUUCAUCAUUUUCUGGCCAAAUUCCAUCACAAAUUUCUGGACUGUCCAAUCGGGUUUCUCUUGAUCUAUCUUUCAAUAUUGAUUCAUCAUACCAAAGGUUGUUGAAACUCACAAGUCCCAAUUUCAGCAGCCUACUUCCAAAUUUAAACCGCAUUGAAAGACUUCAUUUCAGUUAUGUUGACAUGUCAUCCACAGUUCCCUCAGUCUUAAACAACUUAUCUUCUUUGACCUCUCUCCAUCUUGAUGAUUGUGGAUUGCUUGGUGAAUUCCCACCAGGCAUUUUCCUGGUACCAAAUCUGAAGUUUCUUUCUGUGCAGGGCAACAAAUAUCUCACAGGCCAUUUGCCCAACUUCGAACGGAACAGCUCCCUUGAAGCUAUACAUCUCGGAGAGACGAGUUUCUCUGGCGAGUUACCAACUUCAAUUGGAAACCUCAAUUCCUUGAAUGAAUUGGAAAUCUGGAGCUGCAAUUUCUCUGGGCUUCUUCCAUUUUCACUUGGUAACAUUAGCAAUCUUAAGGUUCUUGAUCUUGAAAACAACAGUUUUAGAGGCCAGAUUCCUUAUCUUGCCAACUUGACCCAGCUUGGUUUUUUACGCCUUUCAUCCAAUCAAUUAACUGGUCAAAUCCCAUCUUGGCUUAUGAACCUUACCCAAUUGAUCCAUCUAGACCUUUCAUUUAAUAAGCUUCAUGGUCCAAUUCCAAGCUCAGUCAUUCAACUCCAAAAUCUUGAAUUUCUUCACCUUUUCCAGAAUGAUUUGAGCGGAACAGUGGAGCUGGACAUGUUUGCUAAGCUCAAAAACUUAACUAAACUUCACCUAUCACUAAACUACAUAACAUUCCUCUCCAAAACCAGUCCCAACACUACAGUUCAAAAGUUUAAGCAUAUAGGACUGGCAUCAUGCAACUUAAGCGAGUUUCCAGAUUUUCUUCGAGAACAAGAUGAGCUGGAGUUUGUAGACCUAGCUUACAAUCAUAUUCAUGGCCUUGUGCCCAAAUGGAUGUGGAACAGAAGAAAAGAAAAUCUGGGGUUUGUAAAUUUUUCUCACAACUUCCUGACUGGCUUUGACCAAAUGCAUGAUGUUUUUCCAUGGCCUCGUUUAGGCAUCCUUGACCUUAAGUCGAACUUGCUGCAAGGACCACUCCCAAUUCCACCACCCUCCACCUUCAUUUAUAUAGUCUCAAACAUGUUGUCUGGCAAAGUUUCAUCGUUGAUCUGCAGUCUAAAUUCACUAUAUGCCCUAGACUUGUCUCAUGACCACUUGAGUGGCUCUCUUCCUCCUUGUCUGGGAAACUUCAGUAGUUUCCUAUCAAUAUUGAAUCUCCGAAGCAACAACUUCCAAGGCAUGAUUCCUCAGGUAUGCACGAAAAAGAGCAGCUUAAAGAUGUUAGACUUAAGUGAGAAUCAAUUAGAAGGAUGGCUACCAAGAUCACUGGCCAAUUGUGCGAAGCUAGAGUUUCUUAUUCUUGGAAACAAUCGACUCCAUGAUGUUUUCCCUUAUUGGUUGGGAAAACUUCCAGAGCUUAAGGUUCUCAUUUUGCGAUCUAAUAGAUUUCAUGGUGAUAUGGGGAGUCCUGCAACCAAUUUUGAGUUCCAAAAGUUGCGUCUUCUUGACCUCUCUUACAAUAAUUUUAGAGGUAAAUUGCCACUUGGAUACUUCAAAAAUUGGAUUGCAAUGAAAAAUGUCCCAGAGGAACACUUGACGUACAUGCAAGCAAUUGCCACCAUCUACCUAUUGGGUUUUGCAUUGAAUGAAAAUUAUGAUUACUCAAUGACAAUAACAAACAAAGGUGUUAAAACAGUGUAUGCAAAGAUUUUGGACUUCUUCACUGCCAUUGAUCUAUCAUGCAACAAGUUUGAUAGAGAGAUUCCAGAAGUUAUUGGGAAUCUAAAGGUGCUUCAUUUGCUCAACCUUUCCAACAACUUCCUCACUGAUCGUAUUCCAUCAUCCUUGGGGGAUCUACAUCAAUUAGAAUCUUUUGAUCUUUCUCGAAACAAGCUCUCAAGAGAGAUCUCACAACAACUUACAGAACUCAUUUUCCUUGAAUAUUUCAAUGUAUCUUAUAAUAAUCUCACAGGUCCUAUACCACUUGGCAAACAAUUUAAUACAUUUCAAAUGAGUUCAUUUGAAGGAAAUUUAAGACUCUGUGGAGACCAAAUAACAAGGAAAUGUGGCGAUUCCAGGUCCUUAGCACCCUCUUCAAUUUUUGAGGACGAUCAUGGAUCAGAGUCUCCGUUUGAUUUUAAUUGGAAAGCAAUCCUGUUAGGGUAUGGAUGUGGGCUAAUAAUUGGAGGGAUUAUUGGGCACAUCAUGACCACCAGAAAACAUGAUUGGUUUAUGAAGAAUUUUGGAAAUAGACAACACCAAAGGGAAAGAAGCGCCAAGAGAUGGGGAAGUAGAAAAUGA